AUGAAUUAAAAUACAAUCGAGCAAAAAGAUAUAAAACCUUCUUAGAGAGUUCCUUACUUUGAAUAGUUUAAUAAAUCAAUAUCACUAAUAUCAAAAUUUUCAAGAAAAAUAAAAUAGAGUUCUUCUAUUUUAUAUAUAUAUUAUUUAUAUCUAUAACAUUAUUUAUUCUACUCUACCCAUAGAUCUCUUCUUUAGAAUAUUUGA